CUUGAUGCUGAAGCUCACUUGCAGUGAAGGACUUGACGCUGCCACUAUACAACAAAGAGUACUCUACCUCAGCUUUCGCAGAACAAGCUGGUAAUACCUCAAGAAUUCACAGUGUACUUCAGUUUAUCUAAUUAGAGAAGACUAACUCGGCAGGUGCCGGAACCAAGUUCAUUGGGAAACAACAGCAUAAUCUAGUGCCAUUAACAUUAAAGUCACCUUCUAGCGUUCUAGUUGUACAAAAGCAUGGGGUUCAGCGACCUCCUUGAGCAGGUGGGCAGCACAGGCCGCUUCCAAAUCGUGCACGUAACCCUCCUCUCCACACCCAUCCUUAUGUUGGCCAGCCACAACCUGCUGCAAAACUUUGUGGCUGCGGUGCCUCCUCACUACUGUAGCGCUCACUCAAAUCUCUCACAGUCCCAGCUGAGCCCAGAGGAAGCUUUGCGGAUCACAGUACCACAGGACCACAGAGGAAAAUUGCACAGGUGCCAGCGUUACGUUGUUCCACAGUGGCACCUCCUGGAUAAAAAUGGGACCUCCAAUUUGAGAAAUGAGGGAAACAGUGUGGAUGAUCUGGAUGCUGACCUGCAAGGAUGCAUAGAUGGCUGGACGUACAACAUGGCUGACAGAAGCUCCACAAUCAUAUCUGAUUGGCAUUUAGUGUGUGACCAGCACUCUUUGAAGCAAAUGGGACAAACCAUCUACAUGGGAGGCGUGCUUGUGGGAGCGUUUCUCUUCGGAAGCCUUGCAGACAAAUAUGGUCGACGUAUCCUCCUGCUCAUGUCUUACCUUCUGAUGGCGGUCUCUGGAACAUGUGCUGCAUUUUCUCCUUCCUUCCCUCUGUUCUGCUUUUUCCGGUUUGGUUGUGGCAUGGCUCUAUCUGGCAUAGCACUCAACAGCUUGUCCCUCAUUCUUGAGUGGAUCCCCACUCAUGUGAGAACUGUGGUGGGCACGAUGACUGGCUACUGUUACACACUGGGCCAGCUGAUCCUGGCAUUGAUGGCCUACUACAUCCGGGACUGGAGGUGGUUAACCCUGGCUGUGUCUUUGCCUUUCUAUGUGUUCUUCCUCUACGCAUGGUGGUUUCAUGAAUCCGCAAGAUGGUUGGCCUUAAAGAAUAAGCCUGAUCGGGCGAUCAAGGGACUUAAAAGUGUGGCUAAGUUUAACGGACGGUGUGAUGAGGGAGAAAAAAUUGACAUUAAGAUGCUCCAGGAGUCCAUGAAGAAUGAGCUGUCCAUGUCAAAGGGCUCCUACACUGCCUUGGAUCUGUUCCGCACACCCUACAUGAGGAUUAGCACAGUCUGUCUGGCAGCUGCCUGGUUAUCAACCAGCUUUGCCUACUACGGCCUUUCCAUGGAUCUGCAAAAGUUUGGAGUGGAUAUUUACCUGAUACAAGUGAUCUUUGGAGCUGUUGACAUACCAGCUAAAAUCAUCAUCGCUGUGACUAUGAGUUAUAUAGGGCGCCGGCCGUCGCAGUCUGCUGCUCUCAUCAUCGCUGGGGUCACUAUCUUGAUCAACCUGCUGGUACCUUAUGAUCAACAAACUCUGCGGACCUCUCUGGCUGUUGUGGGUAAAGGUUGUCUUGCUGCAUCUUUCGUCUGCUGUUACCUUUACACUGGAGAACUGUACCCAACCAUUAUUCGUCAGAAUGGCAUGGGAUUGGUGUCCAGUAUGGCACGUGUAGGAGCUAUGGUGGCCCCCAUGGUGCGCCUCACAGGAGACUACAUACCUUGGCUACCAGGUUUAAUCUAUGGAGGGGCGCCAAUCCUCAGUGGGGUUGCUGUUAUAUUUCUUCCAGAAACGCUUGGCACACCCCUUCCCGACACAAUACAAGAUGUGGAGGAGAGGGGAUCUGGGAAACGCUCCAAAAUGUCACCAAAAGAAACAAUAAUCUUGGAAGACACCGGGGCGAACCUCCUAAAGCCUGUUGCCUGAGUGUUCUUGUACUCCACAUGUUAAUGAAAGUAGAGUGAGUGCUACUUUUAUCUCUUCUCUGUUUGAUUUCCACAAAUUUGGUUCACCUUAUGAUUGCUGGACGAAUGUUUUUUCUUUCGUUUUGUGAACAAAUGAGUUAAAUCCGAAGCGAACGCCACCGUGAAAAGAACGCUGUGGACAAUCAGACCUGUUUAUCUGACAAUCAGUAGAUUUCAGGAUCUUAAUCUUACUUUGCACAUGUCAUUAUUAUUAUUUUUUAUUUGUAUUUUGAAUGUGUAGAGCGAUUUCUUUAAUUUGAGCCUUUCACAGGUUAAAGACGGCAUCCACUGGUAUUGUAUUGUUCUAUACACAAGCCCGUAUUGGAAAACAAUUGCCUUUUUGUCUUUUAAAUCAAGACUUCUUAUAAUCCUUUUUAAAUCUCAAAGUCUGUCUUUUUUAUGGACGUUUGAACACAAAUACUAGUAAAACCCCUUUCAGUCUACUUCAUCUGGCAUGAGUCACUUUGAGCUGAAUUAACUAAAACGAGACAGAACAAGAAAUCAAGGAUUUGGAUUUAAAUAAAAGCAGCAGAUGAGCCACACAACAGAAGGCACAAAGUAUAAAAACGAAAUAAAUAGAUUCACAGCAGGAAUCUGACAUGCCGUUGUUUUUCACUGCCCCCCCCACACACACACACAGUUUUGCUAUAGCAUUGUUGUUGUGAACACAAGAGUAAAGGCAGAUUUCCCAUGAAUUAUGUGAAAUGAACCCCCACUCUUUAAAAAUUGAACACCCUAGUUAAGUUUGAAGGGCAGAUCAGUGUUUUGUUGCUGAAGCAGGUAGCUUGGAUGGGUCAGAGGAUUUUGUUUGUGUUUUUCAUAAGACAGCCUCCGAGAAAUGUUGUAGUUUCUUAGAUUUCAGUCCAUUUAAUUUAAUCAACUACUUUUGUUCUCAGCACGCUGCACGCUCUGGAUUUAACGCCGCUCUCUUGAGUUCUCACAGUUACCACCCGGAAAACGAUCAUCACGCAAGCAAAAAUGUAAUGCAGUAGUUAUCAAUGUAGUUAUUAAACGGAUGGUGGUCAGCGAAAAGAAUGAUAAGAGUGAAUAUUAUGGAAACAUUACUUGAUCUCGUCCCUUUCCUUGAAUCGGUUCAGCGGAUUUGCUGCUUUUCUCUCAGUUACUGCUGUUACACGGAUGUGAGGGGGGGAUGUUACUGGUAAAGGAGGAAACAGUGCUGAUGCGGAGCACCACUCACGCCUACAAAGGGUGAACUCUUGUGAUUUGAAGACUUCCGCAUCUUGCUGCUUGUGACACCAUCUAGUGGUGCAUAUAUGCCAAUGCAGGAGCUGAACUUCCCAUCACGGGAAGGUAUCCAUGUGAGGAAAAAAAAUUAAAGGUGGAAAACGAAAUCUAAAAUGAAAGCUUGACCAUAUUGAGGUUUUGUCUUUCAGUGUUUAAAUAUUGGACUUGGAUUUCACAUAUUGUAGCUACUCUCAUUUAUCAGAACAGUUGAUAUUUUGGCCAUAUAGUCAUCCACGAUUAACAAAACAGGCAGCGUCACAAUACUAGUAUGCUUUGGUUCGUGUUCCUUAUUAAAAGAUCUGUCUGGAGUGAAAAAACCCAAACAAACCAGGAUUUACAAUAAAUAGAUUCAUACUUAUAGCCUCAUAUCAACAUGUAUGUUUUCAAUUUAAGGCUCGUACUUUCCUCUUUGAAAUAGUUAAAGUUCGCCAGUGCUCUUGCUCUCACGCAACAAAUGCAUUGUUGUGUGUGUCUGGCACUAACUGUAUGAAACUGCUAUCUAAAACCUUUUGGUUGCAACAUAUAAACCCUCGAUCACUGUAUUAAAUAGAUUUUAUUUCACUGUCAGGUUUUAUGCGUGCUCUCCUGAGACACCUUGCGCACGCCAGACGAGUCCAACCCCAAGCCAAGAAAAAAAAAGAAAGAGAGAGAGAGAGAGAGAGAGAGAGAGAGAGAGAUGAAUCAAAAUACAGAGCAAGGCGGUCUACAGAAAUGACUACAACGUAAAAUGAUAUGAAUAAAGAUUUAUUUUCUCAUAUGAA